CCCUCUCUCCCUCCGUCUCUCUCUCUCUCCCUCUCUCUCUCUCUCUCUCUCACAACGCCGGUGUCUCCGCUGUAAACUGGUAAACCCCCGCCAACUUCCAUCCUCCAUCAUCACCGUUCGGAGCUCGCCACUCUGCUCUCUGACUUUCGAAAAGCUUCAAUUCAGCUCGCAAUCGCCAUUUCUGCUCAGUGAUUGAUGAUGUUCGAAGGCCGGAUCUUGAGCUGAGCUGACCGGAUCCCCACCGGGAAUGGACAUCCUCUUCGCUCAGAUCCAGGCGGACCUCCGCUCCAACGACGCCCUCCGGCAGUCCGGCGCCCUCCUCCAGGCACUCCAGCAGUCCGCAGCCGGCCGCGACAUCUCCGUCAUUGCCAAGUCCGCAGUCGAGGAGAUCGUCGCCUCCCCUGCCUCCGCUGUCUGCAAGAAGCUUGCCUUCGACCUCAUCCGCUCCACUCGCCUCACUGCUGACCUGUGGGAGACCGUCUGCACGGGAAUCCGGACGGACCUCGACUUCCCCGACCCCGACGUCACCGCCGCUGCGAUCUCCAUCCUUGCUGCCAUCCCCUCCCACCACCUCUCCAGGCUCAUAACCAACUUCCAUAAGGAGAUCAACAGCUGCUUCGACUCUAACAGCGACAAUUUGCGGUUCUCCAUCACCGAGACCCUUGGUUGCAUUCUAGCUCGCGAUGACCUGGUGACGCUGUGCGAGAACAAUGUCAGCUUGCUCGAUAGGGUGUCCAAUUGGUGGGGGCGGAUUGGGCAGAACAUGCUCGACCGAGCGGACAAUGUUUCGAAAGUGGCUUUUGAAUCGGUUGGGAGAUUGUUCCACGAGUUUGAUAACAAGAAGAUGAGCCGAUUGGCGGGCGAUAAGUUAGUCGACAGUGAGAAUUCACUGGCAAUCAGGUCGAAUUGGGUGUCUUCUAUGGUGGAUUUUGUGUGGAAGAAGAGAAAUUCCCUGAUGGCAAGAUCACUGGUUUUACCAGUGGAGAGCUUCAGAGCUACAGUUUUCCCGCUCGUGUACGGCGUAAAGGCAGUUGCUUCGGGUUCCAUUGAGAUCGUAAGGAAGCUUUCCAAGAGUAACACCAAUGAGAGUGUGCUCAAUGCGAAUAAUGCAGAGAGGUUAGUUGGUGUGUCGGAUGUAGUCACACAUUUGGCUCCUUUCUUGGCAUCUUCACUGGAUCCAGCAUUGAUUUUUGAAGUGGGGAUUAACAUGUUGUACUUGGCCGACGUACCGGGAGGGAAGCCCGAGUGGGCUUCACAAUCAAUUAUAGCAAUCCUGACACUUUGGGACAGGCAAGAGUUUUCUUCUGCCAGAGAAAGUAUUGUUAGGGCUGUUGUCACCAAUCUGCACCUUCUUGAUCUUCACAUGCAGGUUUCGCUGUUUAAGAGACUGCUUCUAAUGGUAAGAAACUUGCGAGCUGAGUCAGACCGCAUGCAUGCUCUGGCUUGUAUAUGUCGAACAGCACUAUGUGUUGACCUUUUUGCAAAGGAAAGUGUACGAAGGGGUCAGAAACCUCUCCCAGGAACUGAUAUUGUUUCUCUCUUUGAAGACGCAAGAAUAAAAGAUGAUCUCAAUAGUGUGACUAGUAAAAGCUUGUUUAGGGAGGAGUUAGUGGCAUCAUUGGUGGAGAGUUGCUUUCAGUUGUCAUUACCUUUGCCUGAACAAAAGAACUCAGGCAUGGAGAGCAGAGUCAUUGGAGCCUUGGCAUAUGGAACUGGUUAUGGCGCGCUUAACUGGACAGAGCCGGCUUUGGAGGUGGUGGAAGUAUGCCGGCCCUGUGUCAAAUGGGAUUGUGAUGGCCGUACCUAUGCAAUUGAUUGCUACUUGAAAUUGUUGGUCAGGCUAUGUUAUAUAUAUGAUACAAGGGGAGGUGUAAAAAGGGUCAAGGAUGGGGCUUCCCAGGAUCAAAUUUUGAAUGAGACGAGGUUACAAAACUUGCAACGCAAACUUGUAAAAGAUCUGCGUGAGGUGAAUACCCCCAGAGUAUGUGCCCGACUUAUUUGGGCUAUUGCUGAGCACAUAGAUUUAGAAGGAUUAGAUCCGCUUUUAGCUGAUGACCCAGAAGAUCCUCUAAAUAUUAUUAUUUCGAAUGUCCACAAAGUUCUAUUCAACACUGACGCAUCGGCGGAUACAUCAAAUAGACUUCAGGAUGUACAGGCAGUUCUUUUGAGUGUUCAGAGGUUGGGAUCGCGCCAUCCUAGGGCUGGUGUAUUAUUAACGAAAGAGCUGGAAGAGUUUAGAAGUAGCAAUGUGGCUGAUUCUGUCAACAAACAUCAGUGCCGCCUAAUAAUGCAGAGAAUUAAAUACACGUCAAGUCAUCCAGAUGACAAGUGGGCUGGAGUUAGUGAAGCCAGAGGAGAUUAUCCAUUUAGCCACCACAAGCUCACUGUUCAGUUCUAUGAAGCCGCUGCAGCUCAGGAUCGAAAAUUGGAAGGUUUGGUUCACAAGGCAAUUUUGGAGCUUUGGAGACCAGAGCCUAGUGAAUUAACUCAAUUGUUGACGAAGGGAAUUGACUCAUCCUCAUUGAGGGUUCCACCAGCUGCAAUUACUUUGAGUGGUAGCAGUGACCCUUGUUAUAUUGAAGCUUACCAUUUGGCAGACUCUGGUGAUGGGAGGAUCAGUUUACAUUUGAAGGUGCUUAACUUAACUGAACUCGAACUCAAUCGGGUGGAUAUAAGGGUUGGACUAUCUGGAGCUUUAUACUACAUGGAUGGAUCACCCCAAGCAGUGAGACAAUUGCGUAAUCUUGUUUCACAGGAUCCAGUUCUCUGUAGUGUGACUGUAGGCGUCUCCCAUUUCGAGAAAUGUGCCUUAUGGGUUCAAGUUUUGUACUAUCCCUUCUACGGUAGUGGUGCUGCAGGAGAUUAUGAUGGUGACUAUGCUGAAGAGGAUCCACAAAUUGUGAGGCAGAAGCGAAGUUUACGUCCUGAAUUAGGAGAACCCGUUAUUCUGAGGUGCCUGCCCUACAAAAUUCCUCUGACUGAGCUUCUGCUGCCCCACAAGAUUUCGCCUGUGGAGUAUUUCCGCCUAUGGCCUAGUUUACCAGCUGUCGUAGAGCUAACUGGUACAUACACUUAUGAGGGGAGCGGCUUCAAAGCUACAGCUGCACAACAAUACGGGGCCUCUCCUUUCCUGAGUGGGUUGAAAUCCUUGUCCUCCAAGCAUUUCCACAAAGUCUGCUCACAUAUUAUCCGCACGGUGGCUGGGUUUCAGCUCUGUUUUGCCGCUAAAACUUGGUUUGGGGGCUUCCUGGGCCUGAUGAUCUUUGGAGCAAGUGAAGUGAGCAGGAAUGUGGAUUUGGGUGAUGAGACGACAACAAUGAUGUGCAAGUUCGUUGUCCGAGCUUCCGAUGUGUCCAUCACGAAGGUGAUCGAAUCAGAUCUUCAAGGAUUUCUAGAUGAUCUUACUGAUGGAGGAGUUGAGUACAUGCCGGAAGACGAGGUGAAGGUGGCUGCUGCUGAGAGGCUUAAGAUCUCGAUGGAGAGAAUUUCCCUUUUAAAGGCAGCUCGGAAGCCACCAAAGAGCAAGGACUCAGAUGAUGAGGAUUCAGAAGAAGAGGAAGAAGAUGCUGAGGAUGAUGAUGAUGAGGAAGUGGAGGAUGAAGAUAAAAGGAAAGAGAAGGAGCAUAAGAGGAAAGAGAAGGAGAAGAAGAGGAGAGAGAGAGAGGAGAAGAGGAGGAAGAAGAAGGAAGAAAAAGAAAAGAAGAAGAAAGAAGAGGAGGAAGAAAAGAGCAAGGGACCCACAACGCUCUCAAAGCCCACCGCCGAGGAGGUCGAGCACCGAGCUCUUCAAGCUGCCGUUCUACAAGAGUGGCACAUGCUCUGCAAAGACAGAAGCACCAAGGUGAAGUAACUUCGCUAUGCAUCUCUACUCGGUUUACUAGGACAAUGUCAGAGCAAAUUCUUUCAUUGUACUUUAAUUCGCCAUCGGUUUGAGUUACCUGUGAGGUGGUUUUGUGCUUUGUUGAUUUUUCUUCUUGUCUCGGUUAUGUUUGUUGAGCGAGAGCUGGCAUUUUGAUUGGAGGAAAAUGUUUUGUUUGUGUAAUAUAUGUCAUGUAGCAUCCAUCUCAUUGAUCUGUUCUUCUGCACACUAUUCAAUCCUUAUGGACAGACAUCUUCUGCGCUUA